UUAAUAUAUAGAUGAACAAUCUCGUUGUAUCACUCAUUGAUGGUGGAGAAAAGGAAAGGAAAGAAAUAUUCUGGUCGCUAUUGGAUUAUUUGGUCCUCUGAAAAUCUAUCAGGAAUCUUAUAAAGUUUUUUUCCCACUCAUAUCAUUGUUUACGGUAAAUUUCUGCGGCUUUUGUGGAUCAGAGGAGCUUUGUGGAGAUAUUUCAUAAUGGAGGAGGUGGUGUUUUGAUAUUGGGUACAGAUUAAAUCAUUGAUUUGGAGGUGGGUGUUGGGUUGUAAGAGUUUUUUCAGAGAUUAUUCUUGAGGUUUGGUGCAGGAUUCAGAGCAGCACAAUGUCUUCUCCAAGCAAGAGGCGAGAGAUGGAUGUUAUGAAACUGAUGAUGGGGGACUACAAGGUGGAGAUGAUAAAUGAUGGAAUGCAUGAGUUCUAUGUGGAAUUCAAUGGUCCACCCAACAGUCCUUAUGAUGGGGGAGUCUGGAAGGUUCGUGUGGAGUUACCGGAUGCCUAUCCAUACAAAUCUCCAUCCAUAGGUUUUGUCAAUAAGAUUUUUCAUCCCAAUGUCGAUGAAAUGUCAGGUUCAGUUUGCCUGGAUGUAAUUAAUCAGACUUGGAGCCCAAUGUUUGAUCUCAUAAAUGUAUUUGAAGUCUUUCUUCCUCAGCUUUUGCUGUAUCCAAAUCCAACGGAUCCUUUAAAUGGAGAGGCUGCAGCAUUGAUGAUGCGUGAUAGGAAUGUUUAUGAGCAGAAAGUAAAAGAAUAUUGUGCAAGAUAUGCUAAGGCAGAGGAUAUAGGAACAAGGCAGCAAGAGGAAAGCAGUGACGAUGAAGAACUUAGUGAAGAUGAAUAUGCAUCUAGUGAUGAGGAAGUAGCUGGCCAUGCAGAUCCAUGACUGCUGGACUAUUUGAUUGACGUGCACUAUUUUGCACAUUAAUUUCGUGAUGAUUUAAACAGAUAUAGAUGGAACAUGCACAACCCUAUUGCAUUGUCUGGAAAUUUGUGAUGGAGGCAUUCUUUGGGGUUGCUAUGAAGGUCUCCAUAACUCUCUCACAAAUGUGGAAUGUUCACGUGUACAUAUUGAACUGUAAAGCAUUGUAAGAUCUUUCAUCUAAUUGAAGCAAGUACCUGGUUAUAACUUAUAAGUGCAAAUUAUUCUCGUUGAUCCA